CUUUCCACAGCAGAGACCUCGAAACCCUUGCUCCCCAUCGCUACACAGAUAUAAAAUAAGCUGGCGGCAGACGGCUUAUACUCCAAGUACCUUGAGUGCUACGAGUCAAGCUACACAUCACCGUGCACCCUUCACUUGAGCGGUAACAAACCUGAAGUAGUGUCGCUGCCUGAACCAUGAAGGCAUACGCGCUCCUCUUAGCCUUUGCGGCCUUCCUCUUGGCCGCUCCCGGCGCGAAAUCGCUGGCCGGCGAGGACAUGCCCAGUGCGCCCAAGCCCACCUCUCCUCAGUACUCGCCCACCCUGGCCAACUUCACGUCGCAGUGGGCCAUCAGCAUGCAGCGCCGCGACUCCCUCGAUGCUGCCUGGCGCCUUCACACCUGCAACGCCACCGUCAUCGGCGCCCCCUGCAACCAGCCUCCCCUCGGCGGUCAGACGCCAUCGCAAGUCAAGAUCGUCUUUGUCCGCCGCAACGCCUCGGCCGGCCCACUUCGCACCUGGAAGGGCGGCGUGCCCACCUCCAUCAAGGUCCGCCUCGACUACGGCGCCUCCGUCCAGGUCGACCGCGGCUGGCGCAAGAAGAACCAGGCUUGGCCCGGGCACGGCUGGCACGCCAAGUGGACUGUCGCCACCCUGCCCUACAACGAGACCGGCGGCGAGGCUGUGUGGGACCUGCAGACCGCGGAUGAGGUGACCGACGCCAUCCUCUACCCCGAAGUCUGCGUCAUCUGCACCUUCCCCGACGGCUCAACCGACUACUGCCAGUGCGACCGCCGCAACGGUGCCACCAACUACCUGUCAGUCGAGACCAUCGUACAGGACUCCAUCACUCCCGCCAUGCGCGCCGCCGCCAUCGCGCUCUCCGUCUUCUCGCCGCUCUUCCUCAUCUUCUACGCCACUGCCGACACGCUCUAUUUCCGCAACACGGGUAAAUCGCUGCGCAUCGGCCACAUCUAAAGGAUUCGAGCUAGGCACCAGUUGCUGUAGCUGCUAUACGGUGUUUGGCUUUUGUGCCGGCUGCUUUUGUGCCGGUGGGGGCUAGUUGGGCACAGCCUGUUGUUGUGUUGGGACGGCUGGAGACCUGCAAUCCAUGCGUUGUGCCGCCGGGAAACCGGUGUGUGGAGGGAGCGGAGUGAUGUGACUCGUAGCAUGAACGGUGUUGAAUCGCAAUGCUGAUGGUUUGUGUGUAACCGUGUGUGACAAGGACAUCGGGAGACGAGAGCAGUGGCAGCGCGAUUGUGCACAGAGCUGCCGCCCCUGCCUGCAUGUGUGCAUGCUUGUGUGCGUGUGGUCUGUGACUAUGGGGUCGCGCGCGUGUGUGUGUGUGUGUGUGUGUGUGUGUGUGUGUGUGUGGCUUGCCUGACGAGAGACUUCUCAACUCUGCAGUGAAUCCAUGAUAGCGAAUACUUGGGCCUUACGCGCUGGUGAUAUCAGGCGGCGCGUCUCAGGCAUUAGCACAGAGCUUAGGUAGGCCGAGACCUGAGAGGACACGUAGGUAGACAUGACAGUAGACGUGGCAGGUGUUGCAGAUGACACGGACCCUUGCGUGGGGCUCAUUGACGCGCUUCACUGACCUUGUAUGCAAGCAGCGGGGAAGUGGAACGCCAUGUAUUAUUAAUUACAUGCACUGUUGGGAGGAAGCACAGAGCGUGGUAUAUAUUGAUGUGGUGCUACGUGUGAACAGGGUGGAAGAUGUUUGACUGCCUGUGGUCGCCAGAAAGCGCGAUGUAACAAUUAAGGUUG